UUCGUGUGGUGAGAAGGACUGACUGAGUCCACGGCGCGGCGAGAGCCGGAGCUCAGCCCUGCCUGGCGACAGCGCACGGUUGCAGCUUCAUCCGCCCUUCUCCGGCAUGGCUGCGGCCCGCGGAACCGGGAGGGGAUGAGGGGCGGGGCCUGCCCGUGCCCGGGGCUGAUUGGCUGGUGUGGCGGGGACCGGCGCAGGCGUCAGCGGGCUUGCGGCUGGGAUGUGAGCGGCGUUUGGGCUCCCAGCGGCAAGUGGCGAGCGGCGGGCGGCGAGCGGCGAGCGGCGGGCUGCGGCGGAAGGGGCUGUGGUUCCGACUGAGGAAGGUGCUUCUCUGUAUCUUGGGGCUGUACAUCGCCAUUCCCUUCCUCGUCAGACUGUGUCCUGCGAUACAGGCCAAGCUGAUUUUCCUGAAUUUUGUGAGGGUUCCCUUCUUCAUUGACUUGAAAAAGCCGCAGGAGCAAGGUUUGAAUCAUACCUGCAACUACUACCUCCAGCCCGAGGAAGAUGUGACGAUUGGAGUCUGGCACACCAUCCCUGCCGCCUGGUGGAAGAACGCCCAAGGGAAGGACCAGAUGUGGUACGAGGAUGCCUUGGCUUCGAGCCACCCCAUCAUUCUGUACCUGCACGGGAAUGCAGGUACCAGAGGUGGCGACCACCGAGUGGAGCUCUACAAGGUGCUGAGUUCUCUUGGUUACCACGUGGUCACCUUUGACUAUAGAGGCUGGGGUGACUCGGUAGGAACGCCGUCGGAGCGGGGCAUGACCUACGAUGCACUCCAUGUUUUUGACUGGAUCAAAGCAAGAAGUGGUGACAACCCCGUGUAUAUCUGGGGCCAUUCCCUGGGCACUGGAGUGGCAACAAACCUGGUGCGGCGGCUCUGUGAGCGAGAGACACCUCCAGAUGCCCUUAUAUUGGAAUCUCCAUUCACUAAUAUUCGAGAAGAAGCAAAGAGCCAUCCAUUUUCAGUGGUGUAUCGGUACUUCCCUGGGUUUGACUGGUUCUUCCUCGACCCCAUCACAAGCAGUGGAAUUAAAUUUGCAAAUGACGAGAAUGUGAAGCACAUUUCCUGCCCCUUGUUAAUCCUGCACGCAGAGGAUGACCCGGUUGUGCCCUUCCAGCUUGGCAGAAAGCUCUACAACAUUGCUGCACCAUCUCGAAGCUUCCGCGACUUCAAAGUCCAGUUUGUCCCCUUUCACUCGGACCUCGGCUACAGGCACAAGUACAUCUAUAAGAGCCCCGAGCUGCCACGGAUACUGAGGGAGUUCCUGGGGAAGUCGGAACCGGAGCGCCAGCACUGAGCCGCCGCCACCCGCCCGAGGAGCAUGAAGACCGGACCGCCGCCUCCCGACCCGCCCGCCCCCGCAGCAGCAGCGGCGCUGGACAGGAGACGCACCCGGAGAGGGACCGCAAGCCGGUGCGGGCGGGCUGGCGGGGCUCGCGCUGUGGCGCAUGGGCCCGCGGGUGCGGACGUGGAGACACGGUCCUCCACCCCGCGCGCUGGACGCACCCCGCUGCUCGGCCCUCCUGCUGCCAGCGCAUGCCCACGCGGCCCGGGGCCGCACUCCCCGUCCCGUCCACCCACCUGCCCAUCUAGCCUGGCGUAGACUGAGCAGUUAUUUAAGAAUAAAAUCGUGGUGGUGGUC